AUGGCCAAAUCAUACCAUGAUCUUGAUGCUUUACUCGUGUUUAAUUUCUUUGCACACCGUCUCUGUGAAGCCCUUGGCAGCCAAUUUACUGCCACAGUAGAUGGAAAAGUUGGGUACACCUUUGAAUGUCAGAUUUAUGCUCAAUCAUAUAGUCUUGAACUCAUCGAUCUGUGCAUCAACAGAUGCCGCUUGUUGAAUCACAUUACCACUCUUAAGGCUAGGCAUGGUUCCAAUCACUUUCCUUGUCACAUCUAUGAGAACGAAAAAGUUGAUCUCCGAUUGUUCUCGAAGUUGCUUGUCAAAUCGGGUUUCGAAAAGACCGCUGUAACCCCUGCCUGCGUUGUUGACGACGACAUCAACUCGCUUGGAUUUCUUCAGGGUAGCAUCAGAGGCACCCUCGAUGGUGUCGGACUAGGUACCGGUAUGUGGGCUAAAAUCCAGUUCAAGGAUGCGAAAUCUGUAAAUUCUGUGUGCAGAUAG